CCAUUAAUAUCCUUAACCACUAAGCUCGAGUACCCCAAAAGAAAAUUUCUAGCCGUAUACACAAAAUGAUUUCAAAUCUCAGCAACGACGCAAACUCACUCUUCAAUUUUGUUGUACGAGAAGGCAAUGGUGUUAAAGGUUUGGUUGAUUCAGGCCUCUCUAAAGUUCCUAAACAAUACAUACAACCACCAGAAGAGCGUAUAGAGAAGGAAAGUGGAAGCCCUCCUCCUGAUCAGCUAAUUCCACCUAUUGAUUUGUCAAAGUUAGAUGGACCUGAUCAUGAUCAAGUGGUGGACGACAUCAUCCAAGCUGCUGAAACUCUAGGGUUCUUCCAAGUUGUCAACCAUGGCGUUCCUUUGGGGUUGUUGGAGUCUCUUAAAGAGUCCGCUUACAGUUUCUUCGGACAAGAACCCGAAAAGAAGGCAGUUUAUCGGAAAGGUUCGAGUCCUAGCCCGAACGUCAAGUAUGGGACUAGCUUUGUGCCUGAAAAAGAGAAGGCUUUGGAGUGGAAGGACUAUAUCAGCAUGGUCUACACCAGUGAUGAUGAUGCUCUUUGUUCUUGGCCUAAUGAAUGCAAAAAAGAGGCACUUGAAUACCUAAAGACAUCACUAGAUAUGGUAAGAAAAAUACUGCAAAUUUUGAUUGCUAACCUUGGAGUGUCCAUAGAAGACUCAAAAACAAAGAUAGACUCACUCACAGGAAUGAAGAUGGUGAACAUGAAUUUUUAUCCAACAUGCCCUAAUCCAGAGCUCACUGUUGGUGUUGGAAGACAUUCAGACAUGGGCACUUUGACAGUGUUGCUACAAGAUGAAAUUGGUGGUUUAUAUGUCAAACUUGAGGAAGACAAAAAUGGUAGAAACAAAGGAGAAUGGAUAGAGGUCCCUCCAAUCCACGGUGCUUUGGUCAUUAACACCGGUGAUACAUUACAGAUAUUGAGUAAUGGGAGGUACAAAAGUGCUGAACACAGGGUACGUACCACAAGUACCAAAUCCAGAGUUUCAAUCCCAAUAUUUACAGUUCCAAAACCAGAUGAGAAGAUUGGACCACUGCCUCAAGUUGUGCAGAGAGAUGGUUUGGCUCGGUACAGAGAGUUUGUUUUUGUGGAUUAUAUGAACAAUUUCUUUGGGAAUGCACAUGAAGGAAAAAAGUCUCUCGAUUUUGCUAAUCCAUCUAAUUAGCAAAUUAAUUACUCUCUUAGUUAAUUUUAUCCUCUAUAAUUUGUUAUUUUCUGGCUUCUCAGAGAAAUAAACGAAAAGCUCUAUAUCUUGGAGCAGUCUUAUAAUAA